AAGUGACAAAAUGGAUGAUCUUGAUACCUGGUACAAGGGAGUUUUCAUCGUGGGCGAAGUGGCCAAAUACUUGGGUUAUGGGAAGAAAGGAGGGGUUUGCCGGAAAGUUGGUGGAUUGUCUGGUGCCAUCGCUUUAGGAUUCGCUGUGUAUGGAAAUCAUGCCUUUACAAUGCAAGAUAAAAAAGGAAAGCAAUUGAAGAAGAUUUACGAGAAAGGAUACAAAAUGCAUUUGGUGCAUUCCGUAGCACUUGCGUACUCAGACACGUGUAACAAACCAGUGACUGGUUAUUUGUUUAUGAUUGGAAUCUUCCUGUAUUCUGGCAGCUGUUAUGCUUACGGCUUGAAGGGUGACAGCAGGUUUGAAUACACUACCAAUGCUGGAGUUGCUUUUCUCAUCUUUGGUUGGUUAAGCAUGCUAUUUGGAGAAAAAUGAACAUAAAGACUCUCUUAAGUCAUCAAAAAGUUAAAGA